GGGCGGGCGGAAAACUGUGUAUGUCGUGAGAGGGCGGCCUCGGCGGCGGGCGGAACCUAAGGGUGCGCGCGCAACAUUACAUAACGGUAGCGGAGGCUUUGCGGGCGCGCGCAGCGGCGGGUGCGGGGCGCGGGGCGAUCGAUGCGCGCCCGGGGGGAGUCAGUCGAGCGGCGAGCGAGCGACAUGGCGGCGCGCCCACCCCGCGCGGCGGCCCCGCGGCCCGGGCCGCGCGAGUAGGUCGCCAUGCGCGAUGCGGUAUGAGGCAGCGCCGCGCCCGGCGGGCCGGCCCCCGCUAGCGGCGCCGCCCCCGCCAUGCGAGCGCCGCCGCUGCUGCUGCUGCUGCUGAUGGCGGCCGCGGGCCUGGCCGUGAGUCCGCUCGCGCGCCUCAACCCCUGGCUGAGCGCGUGCGACCUGGAGGAGGAGGGCGCGGGCAGCGUGCGCGAGUGCGGGGGCGCGGCGUGCGGCGGCGGCGGCGGCGCGCCCGACGCGCUGACGGAGCGCGACGUGCCGCACCUGUGCGCGCUGGGCAUCGGUGCACGCGCGCGGCGCCUCGCCGAGCUGCGGCUGCGCGCGUGCUGCGAGCGGUCGCCCGCGUCCGCGCUGGACCGCGGCGCGCGCGCCGACGUGCUCGCCGGCGGGGAUCGCUGCGAGCGCGCGCUGCACGACCUCCUCGGUCUCGACGCUAUGGUUGCGCGCGUGCACUGCGACUUUGUCGACAUCCUCAGACGAUACGACUGCGACCAGCCCUACUCCGUGCACACGUGUCACGAGUGCCAGGAGACUUAUCGACGUUGGGCGUGCAGUACAAUGGUGCCACUGUGGGUGGAAGAAGGGGCGGAGGAGGGCAACGAGGAGGGCGGCAGGUCGCGGCGCGCGCCCGCCGAGCACGCGGCGCGGUGGCACGCGCGCCACCUGGAGCGCGUGGGGCACCUGGACCGGCGGCGCGGCGGCGCGGGCGGCGUCGUGGGCCGAUGGGUGCGCGCCGCCGCCGCGGGGCCCGGCCGGCCCAUCGUCCGCCUCAAGCCUUGCCUUUCCGUCUGCCAGCUCGUCGAGCAACACUGCCCCUACUUCCUGCCGGCGGAUCGCGCGCCCGCAUACCCCACACAAUACGCCGGCGAGCCAACGUUCCUAUGUCUCGACCCGCGCAUCCCGGAGACGGGUGCGCAGGCGAACAAGUCCAACUACGGGUGGGACGAGUGCUGCUACUGGUACUGCGAGGGGCGGCUGUGCUACCGGUGCGAGGCGCGGCUGAGCGAGGCGGCGCGGCCGGACGCGGAGCGCUGUCCGCCGGUGGAGGAGCGCGGCGCGGGCUGCGCGGUGCCCUACCAGGCGGCCGCCGCGCCGCGCCCGCGCGCGCCGCUGGCGCUGCUGCUGCUCGGCCUGGCCGCGCACGCACGGACCCACUGGACCGACCCCACGCGUUUAGUGAAAGUGCGCGAUUCGAGGUUAUAGUUUUACGUUAACGUGCGUCGCAUCCGCGCGUCCCGCGAUCGCCGACCUGCGAUCAGAACCUCUGUUAGUGCAGAACUUAUUAUAAUAAAUAGCGUGCGGUUACGAGGCCGACGAGGGACGGGUCCGCGGCGGCGGAGCGCGCGCCGCCGCACCUCCGCCGCGGACUUCAUACACACUCUAAGUUCAUAUUUGUGUCCGCUCGUUGGUUACACCCGAAACAUGGAAACACCAAAUGUUCACUCAUCAGUUACUUUAUGCAUUUAUCUCGUAAGCGCUGUUUGCCGAUGUUCCGGCCAAUAUGUUAAUAUUUUUGGCACGAUUUGUAAACAAAGAUUACAUGUUUUGCGUUAAGCGAAGAUGUUGCGUAUAUUUUACAUAGUGUUUUACAGAUACAUUGUUCAUAAGGCACACAGUUUGAGUUCUAUACGCUGAUCUAGUUUUGUGUACCUUCAUGAAGAAAAGCAAUAUUUUACACGAAAUCGUUAAGAAGCAAAACUCCAUAAAGGUCGCUAAAAAAGUUUGAAUCAAUGUACAUACAUAGCUACAUAUAUGUACGAAGCGUAUUUUGUGUUAGGGAUCGUGUGAUGAUACUGUUUUACAACAUUAUUAUGUAGACCAGACACCUGAUGCAAUAAAAUACUUAUACAUAAUAUAUUACAUGCGCGCCAAAAUCACAAGCUUUGACAGGUUUGGAUUCUCAGCAUCCUCAUUCGCCGUGGGAUAAAGAGUAGACCUCGCGUCUGGAAUUACUUACCGUACCUCAGUUAGUACCGCUAACGCACAAAGUUGAGGCGACAAGUUUCGGGAACACGGCCCGGACGAGAGCACUCUACUCUUUUGAACAUGUGACAAUAGGUAGGUAUACUCGUAAAGGAGGAUGGUUUCUUAGAGAGUUAUUUUUGUAAUGUUGCACUAGUGCAGCGAGGUGGGCGCCGCGGCGACAGCGCGGGGCUCACAGCCCGACCGUCGCUGGCGCCGCGGCGCGGUCCCGCACGCACGUCAACGCCUAAUUAAUAGUGAUUACAUGAUUAUGUAUAAAUGAAAUAAUAUAGGAUUAAUAAAGUAGUUGUUGUUUUGUAAGAAGUAAAAUAUUAUGAAUAAUGCAUAUAAUGAAAGUUAUAUGUAAUAUAUUCCGUCUUAUGAUCUAACAUUUUGGUAAUACAGAAUGGUUGAAAAUGAUUUUUAUAUGAAUUGAUUUUUAAUAUAUAUUAUUGUAUAUGUAUAUCGUGUCGACUAUUGAUAAUGGUAAAAUGACCUUCAUCGUAUUGUUGUUUCAACAUUUAUAGGUAACAACAUUUGUUAGUUUUGUUUUAUUUUUGAAGAAUAUUAGAAGAGUAUCGUUAAAUAUUAUGUGAUGAAAACAUAAUUUAAUGGUUAUUAAGACUUUAUUGAAUGAACAUUUGUUGAGAAUAUUGCCGUCGGAAGGCAUGUAGUUGUUGUAUUCAAAUAAAUGAUAAUAAUAUUAAGUAAGUUAUUUUUUACGUUUUUAUCGUGUGUACAUAUGUCAAAACGGUUUGUUGUUUCCACUCCCAUACUUAAUCGUCGUCACCGAAGGUGCUAAAGGUCUAUUAACGCUUCUUAAGACUUGGUUUGUGUCAACUUCCAAUAUAAGCUGAUCUGUUUGUCUGUCUGUGCGAUGUUCGCGGGCAGCCACGCGCGACUCCCCGUAGUCCUGUAAUACUGAUGCCUCCACACUCAUAUCACUCGACGUUUACAAAACUUCGUGUACAAAAUCUGUAAUACUUUGAUAGCAUUUCUAAAUAAUCGCCCCUUCAGUAAGGAGUUUACUAUAUAGACUAAGAGUAUGCCAGAAAGAGUGAGCAGAGUCGUGACAAUAGAUCAGUGAGUCGUUAUUGUUUCAGUCGAGCACGUGGUUCGUGCUCCUCAGUGCCUUCACUCACAAGUGAACGCGCCGUGCGGGCGCGCGCGGCCCCGCACGGCGCACCGCAUCACUGAACCUGUUUGUUUAGCUAGGCGCGUCGCCCUCAUCCCUCGCAUUGCCUUCAUCACGCGUAACGCUCGCACUCGAAGGGUAGAGUAGUAUCGCCAUUGCAUUCUCAUCACAUUUUGGUAACCGCAGUUGAAAGUAAAAUGUUGAAAAUCAUAGUGUUAGUCUCUUCAAGAGAGUUUAUAGUAGGUAUUAGAGUUCGAGAGAUGUUAACAAUAAAAAGUUUGAGAUCGAUUAUUUGCAAUAAAUUGACUGCAGAUAUUGCAACACUUAAAUUGAAGUUCAUGUCGAAAAUUCAUAUUGUUUGAUAAAUUUCAAAACGAUAAGUAAAUAUUUGAUUUCAUAAUUAAUCUAAGAAUCUAAUUAGAAUAUCUUAAUAGGGAAAAUUUCUGGUAAAUUCAUUUCAGUGAGUCAGGUCUUUAUGCACAUAAAUUUUAUAAAGUAAACAGCAACAUUUUGCGAGUUGAUCGUUGCCCUACUACGUAGGUGCUCUUUCACGAUAUCUACGUGUAUCUAUAAAUAAAUUAUCAAAAUGUCUAAAAUUUAGUAAUAGAAAAUGAAUUACUAGAACAUAAUUAAUUGGAUCAAUUUCGAGCACUCGUUAAAACUUACACAUUGACCGUGCAUUUCUUCUUGUGAGUGUUGCCACUCUCCACUAUCGAUAUCUUCACUCGUUCACUUUAUUAGAGUAGAUAGUGAAAAGACCAAACGAGAGGAGUUCGGUUCGGAUGUUAAGUGCUGUUACCUUUGAUUGUCCACUGUUCAAUAACGACGUUCAAUCAACAGCCCCGCAACGUACGUCGACAAGUUAGCUACAGGUUUAAGUGACGCAUGUUUUGUAGCAAGUAUACUUUACCCACUACACGAUACACGAGCGUGACGAAUAACAAUCCGUUGUAAUGGUCACCGUCUGUCCUGGAAACAGUUUGAGCGCAGACACAGACUCAGCAUUAGUUCGAAGAUGUCGGAGCAAAGCCCGAGACGUGAGACUAGCGGUGACGAUCGGUGCACACGCGGCGCACGCAUCACUGCAUGCACACACACAUGCACACUCGCACGCGGACACACACAACACGUGCCAUUCUCUCUAGGUUUAGUGUAACGGGUGUAUUCUUAAUAUUUCGUUAAACGUUUGGUGAUAGUGUAUGCAUUAUGUUUUUGAAAUAAUAUACGUAUGUUUUGAUGUACAUAAAUAAAGUGUAAAUGUUUAACGCACAAAUAAUAUGACGAAAAGCUGAUGUAAAGCAGUGUACGAAAACGUAUGUAUUUAGCUGUAAAAUGUAACUGGAAAGUAAAGAUUAGGAAAUAAUGAAGUAGGAAGUUCCAUGCUCCGUCUGCUGCCGAGAUCUCGUUCGUUUGUCCGCCAUGUCAUGGUCCUCUCGCCGACGUUCCGUUGUACUCCCACCCUGUGCUCGACGCGGGCGCCUUACCUCAAGUCCAUUCAAUGUAAAUUAUUCGUAAUCAGGAAUUAACUAGUUGUACUGUUCUAUAUUUUAAGUCCCUCACGUUAGGUUGCGCGGCAACUCAGUUGACUGUCACACACACGCACAAAACAAACAGAAGUAUAGGCUUUCGGGGUCGUCCAUCGAUGAUUAAGCGUUUUAAAUGUGUAUUUACGUACAUUAUUAUUCACAAAAGUACAUAUAGUGUAA